AAAGCACUUUUAACUUUUUUUCAGUGCUUUAUUAAUCUAUUGACUUAUCCUCAAUGUUUGCUCAACACAUGUUUGAGUCUUUGGUUAAAUGUGUAGGUUACAACAGCGUUAAACUUGUGCCGUCUUGUUCUUCCUUCGGUUAGCUCGGUAAAGGAGGCUGUGGGAGACCCAAACGCGGAAACGGCUUUGAGACAAUGCUGGCUUUAAAGGAAGCAGCAGCAGUGUGCGACUCGUCUUCAGGUCGCUGUGUGACACAAGCCGCGCCGAUGUAAAGGGAAUGGACAGAGACACGGCCAGAGGAGACAGCAUGGUCCACAGCAGGACAGAAAGCGACGGGGCCCGGGAGGCUCUGCAGCAGUGCCGACUCAUCCAGAACCUGGUGGACAUCUCCCUCUCCAGUCUGCGGGCUCUCAGGACCAGUUGCGCCGCAUCCAGCGACUUCACCCGGCGGGAGAUCCGCUCUUUAGAGGUGAAGCUGACCCACUACAUGUGGACCCAGCUGCAGUGGAAGCAGAAGGUACCAGAGUGGGAAAGACCUGAAGCUCUGUGUGGAUACCCGAGACUGGAUGACUGGCUCCUAACAGCUGACCUCACACCACAAUUCAUACAGGCUGCAGCAGGGAAGCUCUCAGUGGACAGCUUGCUGCAGAACUCCAGCUCUGAGUUGCAGGACAUGAUGAGACGCAUGGGCUCCAAUUCAGAAGACCGCUCUCGCCUCACCGCCGCCCUCUCCUGUCUGAAAAGUGCAAAUAACACAGGAGUUGCCCCAAGGCCUGACUUUGGUUCCUGUAGCUCCGAGUCCCGACAGGACAGUGAUGCCUUCUCUCCCACCAGCCCCCUCUCCAGCUCUGAUAGCCCCUGCACCCCCCUGCCGCCCACCAGCACCCACGGCCGCUCCAUCUCCAUAUCGGUGCUUCCUUGUUCAGAUGACGCCUUCACCCUGGAGCCAAGCCCCCUUCCGGCAACUCGAGCCCCAAAGACACGCACUACCACGCCCUCCCACACGCCGCCGCCACCGUCCCGAAAACUGCUGCAGCUGCUCCCCAACAUCGCACUGACAAGGAGCAAGAGUCAAGAGUCCCAGCUGGCCAACCGCAUCGAGGAUCCUGCAGCACACAAAGCCUGUAAGAAGAACAAAGUGUUGGCUGCUCUUCAUAUCAACGGCUCCGGGCACCCACCGGAGGACUCGGCGCUGCGGUCACCGCUGCUGUCUGCCCGGACACCAGGCCCUGUCCCGGCCUCAGCCCCAUACACCAUGCCUGCCACCCCCACCCAGCUGGAGAAUGUGACCAUGCACAGGAGCUCCCCUCAGACAAUGAGGAGGGACAUUGGCUUGGCUGUAACACACAGGUUUUCAACCAAGUCCUGGCUCUCCCAGACGUGCCAAGUGUGCCGCAAGAGCAUGAUGUUUGGUGUCAAGUGCAAACACUGCAAGUUGAAGUGCCACAACAAAUGUACCAAAGAUGCUCCCUCAUGUCGGAUAUCAUUUCUCACAUUACCAAGGAUGCGGAGGGCGGAAUCAGUGCCAUCAGAUAUCAAUAAUCGGAUUGAUCAGACAGCAAACAUCCCACUGCAAUUUGGCACUUUACCAAAAGCAAUAAACAAGAGGCAGGAGCCUCCCCCCAGUUUAAACCAUCUGGACUCAAGCAGUAACCCAUCAUCAGCCACCUCCUCCACACCUUCCUCCCCAGCACAUUACCAGCAGAACAACCCCCCAAGUGUCAGCGCCACACCCCCACCCAACGCGUCGCCGCAGGGCUCCCGGGACAGCCGCUUCCACUUCCCAGAUGUUCCUGCCUCCACAUAUACUGCUGUUCAACAUCCUGGCAGCCACUAUGAAUCUGGAGUGUCCCAGGUGGCCGUCACUGAGAGGCAGCUGACAGCAGCAGAGCCAUCAGGGGGGGACGAGGAGGAGGAGGAGGAGGAGGAAGCAGCACACCAGGGCGACAGUGCUCCCACUGAGCAGUCUGAGGAGGACGGGCUGGAGGAGCUGCCCUCCUCCAUAUGCCGCCGCGGGGCCGUCGGCCGCUGGAGGGGCCCGUUCACUCGCAUGGCCAGCCAGACCAGCAUCUACCUGCAGGAGUGGGACAUCCCAUACGAGCAGCUGCAGCUGGGAGAGCUCAUUGGCAAGGGCCGCUGGGGGAAGGUGCAUAAGGGCCGCUGGCACGGCGAGGUGGCCAUCCGCCUGCUGGAGGUGGACGGCAACAACCAGGACCACCUGAAGCUCUUCAAGAAGGAGGUGAUGAACUACAGGCAGACACGGCACGAGAACGUGGUCCUGUUCAUGGGCGCCUGCAUGGCUCCGCCACACCUCGCCAUCAUCACCAGUUUUUGUAAAGGCGAGACUCUGUACUCUGUUGUAAGAGACAGAAGUCAGAUACUGGACAUCAAUAAGACCAGGCAGAUUGCUCUGGAUAUUGUAAAGGGAAUGGGUUAUCUGCAUGCCAAAGGCAUCAUUCACAAGGACCUGAAGUCUAAGAACGUGUUCUAUGACACAAACAAGGUGGUGAUUACAGACUUUGGCCUGUUUGGGAUGUCUGGAGUGGUACAAGAAGGCAGAAGACAGAACGUGUUGCGGAUACCUCAGGGCUGGAUCUACUACCUGGCUCCAGAGAUCGUUCGACAAAUGAGCCCGGAGGUUGAUGAGGACCAGCUGCCUUUCUCCAAAGCUGCUGACGUUUAUGCAUUCGGCACAAUCCUGUAUGAGCUGCAGGUGGGAGACUGGCCAAUCACCAAACAGCCUGUGGAAGCCAAGAUCUGGCUGGUGGGCAGCAGCAAGGGCAUCAAGAAGGUGCUGGCAGACACCAACCUGGGCAAGGAGGUCACGGAGAUCCUGUCUGCCUGCUGGUCCUCAGAGGCUGACAACAGGCCCACUUUCACCCAGCUGGCAAGCAUGCUGGAGAGGCUCCCCAAACUGAACCGCAGGCUGUCUCACCCCGGACAUUUUGGGAAGAACACUGAGCCGUGGGAUCAUCAUCAUCACUGCCUGAGAGAUCACUGCCAUCAGGGUCUACACGCACACUGCCCGUACAUGUACAAAUACAGCAGCUGAGAGGCAAAUGUGCUUUGUAAAACUCAAGCUUUAUUUGGAUUUGACUCUUAAUAUUGGCUUGAGCAAAUAUUGACAAUAUCGCUUAAAAGAAGAGUUCUGAUCUGGAGCGGCAUAUCCGACUUAUCUUCACCUGGAGUUAAAAUGUGAUCUGUGUCUGAAUUGAUUUAGCAUUCUUGUUGUCUUAAUUCUGCCCACAUGUGAGCAGAUCUAAAGUUAUGUAGACAGAGCUUCUGGACCGUCAGCAAACACUGUGUGUGACAGACGACUUGGUAACAGGAAGGGGAGGGUCAUGAGCCGAGGGAAUAGAGCCGAGGCACCCGUGCGCUACUUCUCUUAAAAUGUAAGAAAUAUUGUAGCACACAUCAGUCAUAUAUCUCUCUCACACCAAUGACCAGGGUUAUCUGACCAUUGUUCAACCCUUCUUUUGUCAAUUCAAACCAAGCCAGUCGACACGGGCUGAUCCCUGGUCAUAAAAACUCAGAUACAACCUGGGUCUCAACCCGGGAGUAAUGCAUACCAAUUCUUAACCCAUUUAGGCGUAAAACGCCUGCUAAAAAAGGCUUUUUUUGCCUAAGUACUUUUCUGUAACCCCCUCCCAAAACCUAAGGUUUUCCAGAAAUAUUUGUCAAAAUUUGUCAAAGCCUACUAAAAUCUUAAUUUCUCAGGCUCUAUAGCAGAUAAAAACAUGGAAUCAAAAGAAUUUGAGAGCUUACUUCUUUGGCUUUCAACUUGACUGACUUGCUUGGCCAUAAUCUUCUAAUGCAUUUGAAAAAAAAAUCUAUAAACAACAAAAAUAUCAAGAAUAUUUUGAAAAUCAGUACAGAUCCUUUUUUAUUUCAUUAUUUCAUACUUUUGAGGUACCAAAGUGACAAGUGAACAUCACUGAUAAAAAGUUAUAGAAAAAAACCCAAAACAAAACAGAGGGUUACUUCUUUUUUACAUAACAAUUACAUAUUCAUUUAUGUUAAUUUUGUUUCUUGUAUUAUUUGGAUCGAACUUUGGAUAAAAGCGUCUAAGAAAUCAUAACAAAAUCCCUAUGGAUCUCUGUCACUCACCCCAAGAAUAUUUCAGCCAAUCACAGUACAUAUAAUUGGCAAUGUGCCUUGAAAAAGAUGACACCGCUCAAAAUGACGCAGAUGGGUGAUCAGGUCUUAAAGGUAAACACACACAGAUGCGUGAUCAUGGCAGUGGGCAUUGAUGUAUCCUGCUGGUUUCAGCUGUUACUAGGCUACGACUAAUUAUUGGAGGUUAAAUAACAGUAAUUCAAUUGUUGCCAGCACUCUAUCCGUGCAGAUUAGUUUUAUUAUCCCCGGGUUUUGAGAUACUGUAUGUGUGUCUGAGAUGUGACAGUGUUUAUUAGCCUCACUAGCAGCGUAGCUCCAGGAAUGACAAUGCUGUGCGCUCAGUCCAACACUGUGCUUCAGACUCAAAUAUCUCAACAACUUUUAUAUGGAUUGCCAUGACAUUCAAUUCACGAUGAAUUGUAAUAACUUUGGUGAUCGUUUGAUUUUUUGCAUCUGCAAAAUCCAGUUUCUUCAUUAAUUUGCUUUAUGUCCAGAUACCUGCAGAACUAAUGAAAUUCCCAUCAGCCUCUCCUGUACUCUGUGCCUAUCAGCUAAUGUCAGCAUGCUAACACACUAAACUAAGAUGGUGAACAUGCAGCAUACUAGCUAAACAAUAGCAUGUUAGCAAACGUCAGUGUGAGCAUGUAGCAUCCUGUAAUUAGCAUUUAGUAAAAAAAAAAAAAGUACAGCCUCAUGGCGCUUCCAGCAUGUCUUAGACUUGGUUUGUUCAAUGUCGUGAGCAUCACAAAAGUGCCAGUCACCUCCUUUAUACUGUGGUGGAUCUCCAAACCCGGACAAAUAAAAACCAAUAUCUGCAUGGAAAGGUAAUGACAAAAUAUGUGUAAUGGUAAUAUGGGUGUACUGACCCUUUGAAAAGUGUACUCCCCAAAAAUAUGAAUAUUUAUUGUAUUUUGAUUGCCAUGAUCUAAGCUAGAUGAGACACAUUGACCCCCUGUGACACUGCCUUACGCUGUCCUGCUAAAAUACUUGACAUGAUGCAUGGGACAGCCCUUUAGUCCCUAAAUGGCUGUAUGUUGGGCCAGCUUUGGUCUAUAUCCUUCGCUUUCCACUUCCGGGAUUGCUCCGGUGCUGCAGGAAAUUCCGCCGGAUGCAUGUAUUUUACGUUUCCCCCCGCUUUCUUUGCGUUGGAAUUUUAAAUUCUGUGGAUUUCUGAGGACUAUGGUUAACUGCUCCUCAGAUCUCUGCAGGGUAAACCC